UACAUCAGAAACCCACAGUGAUGAUUCCUCCACUGAUUGACUGACAGCAGAUCACUGACCUGCACUGCUCCUGCUCUGCUCUGGGUCUCCUGGAAGUGGAAGUGGAGAGAAAAAAUAGAGGACUAUAUCACCACAGGAUGCACGGCUGCUUUAAAAGCUGAGGAUCUGACUGGUGUCACACACAGACACAGCUCAACUCUGACCUUUAAACCUUCAGCCAAGCACCACAACACCAAUGUAACAUGUAAAGUCAGCUUUACUGGAGACAUAACGAUAGAAGAGACAGUUUCUCUAGAUGUAAGCUUUUCAGUAUUUUUCUGAAACUCCUGGUUAAAAGUUUCUUCCCUGUUUGGAAUGGACUGAAUGUUUCAAGCUUCAUAUCAGGAUGUUUGUUUUCAUCUGGUUAAUCGUGUCUCUCCCUACUAACAACGGUAAUGUAUGAAUCGUCUAGUUUAUGAUCAUGAAUCAAUACUAAAAUUAAAUACACUAUAUGUAGAUGUAUCCACAAUUUUUAUAGCAAAACCCUAAAGUUUAUGUAUCCGUUUCACAAAUUUGCAAAUACAGUUUUUCUGUUACGUGGAGAAACUUAAGGAAAGAUUAAUGGUUAGUGUUUAAAUAUCUUAUAAAUAAUAUCUGGUUUGUAAAGACAUUGACUUACAAGAAACUUUUGUCAGGAAGAAACUGUUAUUACUUUGGCAUUGUUUAAUUUUAUUGAAAUAAUUUUUGAACAAAUCCUGAGUUUUCUUGUCUUUCUUAUUAACAGAUGCAUUACAAAGGAAAAAGCCAUGUCAACAGGAAGGUUAUUGUGUUACUUUCAAUGAGGAUGAAAUAAGAGCAGAAGCUGGACUCUGUGCUGUGAUACCAUGCUCUUUCACAUUUGCCUUGGCACCAGAACAUAUUAUUUGGUAUAAAUGUGAACCAUCGGAGGCCAAAUGUGACAAGUCUGAGAUUAUAUUUCACUCUCACAAGAAUGAAGAAAACAUUCAGCCUGGGUUCAAAGGUCGUGUGUCACUGAUGGAACCGAAUGUGAUUCAGAAAAACUGUAGCAUCAUGAUCAAUGAUCUCAAAAAAUCUGAUUCUGGAUCGUAUCAGCUCAGAGUUGAGGGAUCAAAUGAUGGAUUUACAUAUCUUGAUAAAACAAAACUCUUAGUAACAGAUCUGAACCAGAAGCCCUCCAUGAUGAUUCCUCCACUGACUGACCGACAGCAGGCCACUCUGACCUGCACUGCUCCUGGUCUCUGCUCUGGGUCUCCUCCAAAAAUCACCUGGAUGUGGAGAGGAAAAGGAGAGAAAGACUCUUACAUCAUAGGAAACAUUACUGCUUUAAAAACUGAGAAUCUGACUGCUUUCACAAAGAGACACGUCUCAACUCUGACCUUUAACUCUUCAGCUGAUCACCACAACACCAAUAUAACCUGUGACGUCAGCUUCACUGGCAGCAUAACUGCAGAAGAGACUGUGACUCUGAAAGUGAAUUAUGUUAGAAAACCUCAAAUCUCUGGCAGAACAACGGUCAUGGAAGGAGAAGAUCUGAAUCUGACCUGCAGUGUUGACAGUGUUCCUCCAUCAGUUAUCAAAUGGACUAAACCUGGAACAGAAACCAAAUGGCAGGACAAUAUUUUAAGCAAAGCAGAAAGCAGAAAAGUCUACCUGCAGGAAAAGAGUGGGCAGGUCUCUUUUUCCUUCAUGAAUGUAACAACAGAAGAAGCUGGACGUUACAUUUGUACAGCAACAUAUCAGAAUGAAAGCAUGACAGAAGAAGUCCAAGUUAAAGUGACUUAUGUUAGAAAACCUCAAAUCUCUGGCAGAACAACGGUCAUGGAAGGAGAAGAUCUGAAUCUGACCUGCAGUGUUGACAAUGUUCCUCCAUCAGUUAUCAAAUGGACUAAACCUGGAACAGAAACCAAAUGGCAGGACAAUAUUUUAAACAAAGCAGAAAGCAGAAAAGUCUACCUGCAGGAAAAGAGUGGACAUGUCUCUUUUUCCUUCGUGAAUGUAACAACAGAAGAAGCUGGACGUUACAUUUGUACAGCAACAUAUCAGAAUGAAAGCAUGACAGAAGAAAUCCAAGUUAAAGUGACUUAUGUUAGAAAACCUCAAAUCUCUGGCAGAACAACAGUCAUGGAAGGAGAAGAUCUGAAUCUGACCUGCAGUGUUGACAGUGUUCCUCCAUCAGUUAUCAAAUGGACUAAACCUGGAACAGAAACCAAAUGGCAGGACAAUAUUUUAAACAAAGCAGAAAGCAGAAAAGUCUACCUGCAGGAAAAGAGUGGACAUGUCUCUUUUUCCUUCGUGAAUGUAACAACAGAAGAAGCUGGACGUUACAUUUGUACAGCAACAUAUCAGAAUGAAAGCAUGACAGAAGAAAUCCAAGUUAAAGUGACUUAUGUUAGAAAACCUCAAAUCUCUGGCAGAACAACAGUCAUGGAAGGAGAAGAUCUGAAUCUGACCUGCAGUGUUGACAGUGUUCCUCCAUCAGUUAUCAAAUGGACUAAACCUGGAACAGAAAAUAAAUGGCAGGACAAUAUUUUAAACAAAGCAGAAAGCAGAAAAGUCUACCUGCAGGAAAAGAGUGGACAUGUCUCUUUUUCCUUCAUGAAUGUAACAACAGAAGAAGCUGGACGUUACAUUUGUACAGCAACAUAUCAGAAUGAAAGCAUGACAGAAGAAGUCCAAGUUAAAGUGACUUAUGUUAGAAAACCUCAAAUCUCUGGAAGAACAACAGUCAUGGAAGGAGAAGAUCUGAAUCUGACCUGCAGUGUUGACAGUGUUCCUCCAUCAAUUAUCAAAUGGACUAAACCUGGAACAGAAACCAAAUGUCAGGACAAUGUUUUAAGCAAAGCAGAAAGCAGAAAAGUCUACCUGCAGGAAAAGAGUGGACAUGUCUCUUUUUCCUUCGUGAAUGUAACAACAGAAGAAGCUGGACGUUACAUUUGUACAGCAACAUUUCAGAAUGAAAGCAUGACAGAAGAAGUCGAUGUUAAAGUGACUUAUGUUAGAAAACCUCAAAUCUCUGGCAAAACAACGGUCAUGGAAGGAGAAGAUCUGAAUCUGACCUGCAGUGUUGACAGUGUUCCUCCAUCAAUUAUCAAAUGGACUAAACCUGGAACAGAAACCAAAUGGCAGGACAAUGUUUUAAACAAAGCAGAAAGCAGAAAAGUCUACCUGCAGGAAAAGAGUGGACAUGUCUCUUUUUCCUUCGUGAAUUUAACAACAGAAGAAGCUGGACGUUACGUUUGUACAGCAACAUAUCAGAGUGAAAGCAUGACAGAAGAAGUCGAUGUUAAAGUGACUUAUGUUAGAAAACCUCAAAUCUCUGGAAGAACAACAGUCAUGGAAGGAGAAGAUCUGAAUCUGACCUGCAGUGUUGACAGUGUUCCUCCAUCAAUUAUCAAAUGGACUAAACCUGGAACAGAAACCAAAUGUCAGGACAAUGUUUUAAGCAAAGCAGAAAGCAGAAAAGUCUACCUGCAGGAAAAGAGUGGACAUGUCUCUUUUUCCUUCGUGAAUGUAACAACAGAAGAAGCUGGACGUUACAUUUGUACAGCAACAUUUCAGAAUGAAAGCAUGACAGAAGAAGUCGAUGUUAAAGUGACUUAUGUUAGAAAACCUCAAAUCUCUGGCAAAACAACGGUCAUGGAAGGAGAAGAUCUGAAUCUGACCUGCAGUGUUGACAGUGUUCCUCCAUCAAUUAUCAAAUGGACUAAACCUGGAACAGAAACCAAAUGGCAGGACAAUGUUUUAAACAAAGCAGAAAGCAGAAAAGUCUACCUGCAGGAAAAGAGUGGACAUGUCUCUUUUUCCUUCGUGAAUUUAACAACAGAAGAAGCUGGACGUUACGUUUGUACAGCAACAUAUCAGAGUGAAAGCAUGACAGAAGAAGUCGAUGUUAAAGUGACUUAUGUUAGAAAACCUCAAAUUUCUGGCAGAACAACAGUCAUGGAAGGAGACGAUCUGAAUCUGACCUGCAGUGUUGACAGUGUUCCUCCAUCAGUUAUCAAAUGGACUAAACCUGGAACAGAAACCAAAUGGCAGGACAAUAUUUUAAACAAAGCAGAAAGCAGAAAAGUCUACCUGCAGGAAAAGAGUGAACAUGUCUCUUUUUCCUUCGUGAAUGUAACAAUAGAAGAAGCUGGACGUUACAUUUGUACAGCAACAUAUCAGAAUGAAAGCAUGACAGAAGAAGUCCAAGUUAAAGUGACUUGGCCUCCAAAGGUGCUGAAUGGUUCUGGAUGUGUGCUCUGGCCAGACGGUUUGACCUGUGUGUGUCUUAGUGAGGGAUUUCCUCUACCUAACAUCCAAUGGCCAUUACUGAAAGACCAGACUGAGUACUCAAUCACCAGAAUUGUGUCAAACCACACUGUCAACAGCACUGUUACCAUAAAUGUUAGAAACCAUGGCAACAUCAGUUUUGAAUGCAUUAGCAGUAAUGAAAAUGGGGAAGCAAAAGAAAACCUCACAGUCCUCUGGGCAAAAGAAGAAGUAAGCAAGCAAACAACUAAUUCAGAAAAAAGGUCCAUGCUGGUUAUCAUCAUUGCCUCUUUGGUUGGGUUCCUUCUUGCACCUAUCAUCUACUGUUUCUUGAUGAAAUUCUACAGAAUAAAACGGAAGAACUCUGAAGAUGUGGGUGAAUCUCUGGAGAUGAUUACGCCACUGAUGUCGAAUGGCCAAGCUGUUCAAGGGAGAGAAAGGAAAGAAGCUUUGGCAGGAGCUCCUGAAGCUAACAAUGGUCCAAAGGAAUUGGUGUAUGCCAGCAUUGACUUUUCCCUUCUGAACCAGAUUCCCACAAAACGGAUAAAGAGUUCAGAAAACAAAAACACAGAAUAUGCAGAAAUCAAGAUAAACAAGAAAAAAGGUCAUCAAGUAGAGAAGAUGACUGAGGAGGAUAGCGAGAUGGAAAACUGUGUCCAAGAAGUGAAAGAAGAGGUUGAGGAACCAGUGUAUGCAAAAGUUAAGGAGAGUUGAAUGUAACCCAGUCCAAAAUAAGGGUAUUUUGUAAUGAGUUAAGUUCAUGGAAGGAAUAAUAAUUUAGAAUGUGUUAGGCAUGUUUCCUUAAAUAUGUUAAAAUUGUUAUAAAUAAGUGUUAACAAAAUGAAAUGUACUUAAAAUCAUUUUAUAGGAAAGUAAUCUUCACCAUAUUUUAUUUUGAAAGGCUGAUGUUUGUAAGAGGAAGUGGGGUAGGGCAAACAACUUGACUGGUCCAUGGUUGGCUGAGGGCCAGGAGGGAAUAGGAGAAAGAGUGAAACAUAACAAAAGUUUAAACAUGAGAGUGUUUUAGAGUUAUUAUUUUUAAAUUAAUGGGUUUAAUGAACUCAGGGAUUCUUACCUACUUCAUAGCAGUAUAAGUGGCAAGACAGAAUGAUACUGAAGAAUACAAUAUGGAUGCCAUGAUUAUAAAAUACACCCAGAGCUAAAUAUCAAUGAUAGUCAUGUUUUGUCUCUCCUGAAACCAGUUGCACAAAUCAUGGUUCAGAACAUCUAUCUGUAAAGAUGUUGAUUUAGUGCUUGAAUGCAUAAAAGGCAGAUCAAAUGGUUAUUAACAUAUGAACAAGAACAUCUCCCAAAUUUUCUGACUUCAAGCAAGAGUGUGUAAUCUUGUAGAUCUGUGUUGAUGUUUUCAUAACCAUCAUGCCUUUAACUAGCUUUAAUUAUAAACUUAACUUAUUUUUCAUGAAUGCUAUUCUUUUUGUUUAAAAUAUAAAAUCUACAUGUAAAACUUUAAUAUGAUGUAUUUACAACUCUCACAUUGAGGCACUUGCCACCUGGGUCCAUUAUGCAGGAUGUGAGCACGGCGCAAUAAAACUCAAUGGACUUCUAUUUUUAAUUUAUUGGGUGAGAUUAAUUGUAAAAUUGUUUCUUUCACAUAUUCAAUUAUGUAUAAGUUAGUAUAUGUGUAGUAUAUUUGUACAGAUCUUUUUAAUACAUUUAGAAACUGCUACAUUUGAACUUUUAUUAAUGCUUGUUAUGGCAAACAGAAUCAGGCAAACACAUGCAUCAUUUACUGUAUUUUGACAAUCUGCAGCACCACUUAUGACUUUGAAGAUGCCAUUCCAAUGUGAUCCCUCCAUUUGGAUGUUACACAAUGUUGUAAUGAGCUCCUAAUGUAACCAGUCAAAGAAACACUUUAGAAUGCCUGUAAUUAGAAAUAAUGUAUUUUAUGUAGUGUACUAAGAGAUAUUAAAUGUAUUGAAUGUGAAAUUGAACCUGUUACCCAUUACCAUGAAAGUUCAAAGGCAGAGAAAAAACAAAGAACAUAUAAGACUCUGACUUGGGGAACAUGUUCAGGAGGUAUUCAAAUAGUAUCUGAUGAAACUUAAAGAGCAACUUUUUAAAUGAAAUUAUAUUUAUAUUUAUUUUUGGUAUACUCUCACUAUGCCAUUCACAAAAUCGUUCAUCCUUUUGAUUUGUAUUGCUGUCAUUAAUCAGCUGCACUGUAUUUGAUGCUUUUAUAUGAUCCUGCAAGUCAAAACUUUUGACUAAAAAAUAAUAUAAAAGUAAUGUGGCAUAGCUCAAAUAUGGAAUAUUUUGUUUAUAUAUUUUUAUUGUAUUCAUUUUAAGUAAAUGCAUAAUAAAUAUACUUGUUGGU